AUGUUACUAUGGGACCGACAAGACUGCAUCCCCUUGAGAAGAAUUCUAUCAGAAGACGACGUAAUCGUCCUGCUCACGCCUGUUGUUGUUCCUCACAACAGAUUCGCAGACAACGACAAGGAUCCUUUCGAACCGUUGGGCCGUGCCAUUGCUUCGCGGCACUCAUUGGUCCGCCAUGUUCCAUACACGAAAAGAGGCGGCAUCACCAAUAUUCACUACGAGUUCAUCAAAAGGGCAAAAGCAAUCGUCUUUGUUAUCUCUGGAGCCCAUGUGGACGAUGAUGUCUCGCAAAUAGACUUGGCCGACGCCGCACGAACUAUGGCAGACGAGCGGCCGCAGAUCAUAGUAGCCUGCUGCAACCUCCAAACCCAGAACCUCCACGUCGAUCACUUUGCUACGCUUGUGCAAAUCGCAGGCUACUCGCCAUCUGAGCUGGAAUCUGCUGCUUCUAUCAUCUUUGACGACGUUCGUCCACCAACCAUCAGCUCAGUUCCCGUACAGAACCUCAUCAUCGCCCCAAGAGCUUGGGAUGUCGAAGUCUGUGGUAUCGAUAUGGGCCCUGUCCAUCAGUUGUGGACAGAAUGCCUUCCGCCCAAAUUUCACCUUCCGCAGUAUCAGCUUGUCCUGCUCCUUCAGAGAGAUGGCUUCUCCAGGCAUUACGUCGUGCGCGAACCAGAAAGCAAGCAGAUUAUGGGGGCCAAGAGAAUCUGCUCGGCUCGCUAG